AUGGCAGAUAUCGAGCGAAUUCGAGGCCUAAUACGCGCCAACCCAGAUUUUCCAAAACCGGGUAUAAACUUUCAAGACAUUUUCCCAGUAUUCCAAGACCCAACUGCUGUCGAGUCUUUGAUAACACAUUUGGUGUCCCAUGUCACUUCAACCAUUAAAGAAAAGAUAGAUGUUGUAAUUGGUCUUGAUGCACGUGGAUUUCUAUUUGGUCCCAUCAUCGCAUUACGAUUAGCUGCGGCCUUCGCGCCGGUUCGAAAGAAGGGAAAAUUGCCAGGGGAAAUAGUUACUGUAGAGUACGUCAAAGAAUAUGGAGUGGAUGUUUUCGAAAUGGAAAAAGACGCGGUAAAGCCUGGACAGAAUGUGAUUGUGGUGGAUGACUUGAUUGCCACUGGAGGAAGUGCUGCUGCUGCAGGAAAGCUUGUCAAUUUAUCCGGAGGAAAAGUGUUGAAAUACUUGUUUGUGAUUGAGGCGGUUGAAUUGAACGGGGCUGCGGUCUUGAAUGCACCAUUAUAUUCGGUCUUAAAAUAUGAAGAUUCAGGCUUAAAGUAUAAAGGAUGA